UCCGGGCGCGAACGACGGCCGGUGGGGGUAGCGACGGACGAGUCAGUUUGGUCAGUCCUACAGACCGACCCACGACGCAGAAGCAACUCGCGCGCUCUCGUCCGCAGGCAGCUCCGUCAGUGGGACAGGUCGAGAACAACCCUUCUAGUGAGAGCAACGUACCACGGUUCAGCAAUGUGUGCAGUGGAAGGAGAGGGCACCGACUCAGGUUCGCAGGUGGCGAAGUGGUUCGCCGGCCGGUCGGUGCUGGUGACGGGGGCCACCGGCUUCCUGGGCAAGGCCAUCGUGGAGAAGCUGCUGCGGUCCUGCCCAGACCUCGGCACCCUCUACCUGCUGGUGCGGCCCAAGCGCGGGCAGGACCCACACGCGAGGCUCGAGGCCUACACCUCAGACGUUGUGUUCUCGAAACUGCGGGAGGAGCGGCCCGACUUCACGCGCCAGCUGUCGGUGGUGGCCGGUGACCUCAGCGCGCCGGACUUCCGGCUGGCGGAGCAGGACAUGGCGGCCCUGCGGCGCGACGUCAGCGUCGUCUUCCACAGCGCCGCCAGCGUCCGCUUCGACGAGACCCUGCGCCAGACCGUCACCACCAACGUGGUGGGCACCAAGCGCAUGCUGCAGCUGGCCGAGCAGCUGCCCAACCUGCAGGUAUUUAUGUAUGUAUCAACCUCCUUUUGUCAUUCGGACCAGCCAGUGCUUGAAGAGAGGCUGUACCCGGCAAAAGCAGACCCAGAAAAAAUAAUGGAUAUAGUUUCAUGGAUGGACGACGAUCUUCUAGCAGCUUUAACACCGAAAUUACUGGGAAACCUGCCUAACACGUACGUGUUAUCCAAGAACCUCGCUGAGAAACUUGUAGCCGAUUACGCCUCCAGACUACCAAUUAUUAUUUCCAGACCGUCCAUUGUGAUUCCAGCGUACAAGGAGCCAAUGCCGGGUUGGGUAGACAACACGAACGGUCCCGUCGGAGUGCUCCUGGCUGCCGGCAAGGGCCUGCUCCGCUGCGCCAUCGGCGACCCAGACGCCAACGGCGACCUCAUCCCCGUCGACUGCACUGCUAAUGCCAUCAUCGCUCUCGUCUGGCAUUUCGCCCAAACCAAACCACAGAGUCCCUACGUCUGCAAUGUGGCCAGCGGGAAGAGGCAUCGCGUCACUUGGGGCCAAGUCCUGGAGGAUUACAAGAAUACACUGUACGAAGUUCCAUUGGAGCCAGGUGUCUGGUACCCUGCAGGGUACUUCACCAAGAGCGUUGUGCUGCACAAGCUGGUCCACAUUUUCUUAGAGCUAUUGCCUGCCUACUUGCUUGACUUCUUAAUCAUGCUUUCUGGCAGGAGACCUUUCUUGGUGCACAUACAGAAGCGCCUGCAAACGGGCCAGUUAAUGUUAAAUUACUACAUGUUCCACGAGUGGCUUUUUAUCAAUAAUGAGCUCUUUUCGCUACUCGAAUACAUGUCACCACAGGACCAGGAAACGUUUUACUUUGAUACCUCGGAGAUUGAUAGGUACGACUACAUAAGGAACACUGUAAUUGGAGUAAAAACAUACUUGCUACAUGAGGAUAUGGCAAAUAUAUCUGAAGCUCGCAAACGACUCAACAGAAUGUACUGGCUGCACUGCACGGUUCAGGCCGUUUUCUACGCCUUCGUCCUCUGGUUGCUGUACUCCUGGUCCGGGCCGCUGCUGCGGGCGGCUGCCGUCGUCUCCGGGGGUCCUGGCUUCAGAUCCCUGUCCACGGGCGCCACGUCAUUGUAACGGCAGGCCCGCGUCCAUCCCGCCGUCACCGCGGAAGACCGCCCAUGUUGUCCAAUGGUCCACGCCGCUAGUCAUGACAACACCAACAAUCGAGAAGAAGUCUCAGCUACAUGUGCAUUACAAACAUGUUCAUACUCCUUUCCAUCAUUUUUUGUUUAUACAGUUAUACCACUUACUUCUAAUAAUCCAUACCCAUAAAUCAAAAUUAUCAAAUAACUAGAGAUUCCCAGCAACAUUCUUGUUACGAGGAUAUUUACCAGCUGACAAAUGCCCAUUCUCGUCAGCUGCAGCUUGUAUAAAUUAGAAUGUGGAACUAUCAGAGUGGAGAAUAAUUUCUUCAUUCAUAACAUGACAGAACAUUAGCUCAAUUAUCAUUUUAAUUUAUUUUAUUUAUCUUGCACACGACACAAUCUGGCAAAAUCAUUCCCCACUCUCAUCUGCGUAUAUAAACACGUGUAAAUCACUCAGUGGUAUUUCCUUUGAUAUGGCCACUGUGAACUAUUAAACUGCCUUGUGCCACAGACUAUCACUUUCUCAGCGACGGCAUCUUUUAAUAAUCAAAAAAUAUAAAAAAAAAUAUUUUCUCAUAUUACACUUACAUGAAAAAUUUGUUUCUACACAUUAGUGUUUCAAUUUUAUUUUAUUUCGAAACAUUGUCGAAAGUUCUGAAUAAAUGUUCUGAUCCACA